UUGGACAACAUCCAGUUUGAAAAUGUCGCAGUAUUCUGGAAAGAUAUGCUUCUACGAGGGCAAGUGCUUCACUGGCCGCUGCUUGGAGGUGUAUGGCGACUGUGAUAACUUCCAGGACCGCGGCUUCAUGAACCGCGUCAACUCCAUCCGUGUGGAGAGCGGAGCCUGGAUCUGCUAUGACCACCCCGACUUCAAGGGCCAGCAGUACAUCCUGGAGCGCGGAGAGUACCCCGAGUUCCAGCGUUGGAACUCCCACAACGAUCACAUGGGCUCCUGCAAGCCUAUCAGGAUGCACGGUGAGCACUACAGAAUUGAGAUGUUCGAGGGCUGCAACUACUCUGGCCAGUGCAUGGAGCUGUGCUGCGACUGCCCCUUCCUGCAGAGCCGCGGCUUCACCAAGACCUGCGUCAACUCCGUCAGAGUCUACGGUGAUGGAGCCUGGGUGAUGUACGAAGAGCCCAACUUCCGUGGCCGCAUGUACAUCGUGGAGAGAGGCAACUACUGCAGCCACAACGAGUGGCAGGCCCAGAACCCCAACAUCCAGUCCAUCCGCAGGGUCGUCAACUACUUCUAAAGCCCCAAUCCCGAGCACCUCGCCCCGGCCCCGGCCCCUGCCCUGCCCCUUACUCCAAGUCUCCUGAGCCCUUAGACCGACCCUCCACCAACAGACUCUGUCACCUCUCACCCCACAACCCCCCUUCUAUCUUCUAUCUUUCUUGCUCUCUUCCUCAAAGAAAUGUAAAAUAAAAGUGAGCUAAUCUAUGGCCAAAAAAACCCA